AUGUAAUUUUAUGGUUUACUCCCAGCACCAAAUCCCUUGGUUUAAGCGGCCGAUCCUGAAAUUAAAUAAAAAAUUGGAUAGAUGAAAAAGAAAGAUGCAUAUGAUGAAAGAGAUUCAGCCUUCAAUAUGUGGGAUUACUUUAGUGAUAAUAAAGUCAACUUGAUCUAUCAACGUUUCGAUAAUUACCCAUGGUCUAUGAUCCCACUGAAUAAUCAUCGAUUUGCUGCAUCCUGUUUCUUUGAUUGCAAAAAAUUAUUGGCUUUGAAUAGAGAAUUAAGAUUAACAGAAUUUACGAUUGUCUUAAACAAAAAUUUAUAUCCUUCUACAAUGAAAUAAAAAGAAUAAAAAUAACUCGCGCUUGAAUAAGACAACAAGAAAUAUAAUGGACUGAAAUUCGAUUCCAAUUUUGAAAGCGGAAACCUAUUUACAUCUUAUAGAGUUGGGCCUAAUGAAUAUGAUUUGAUGAUGUAAAAUGACACUAAUUCGAAAGGAAAUACCUAAUGGUUUUACUUUUCGGUUGAAAACACCUUGAAAAACAGUGUAGUUACUUUUAAUAUCAUAAACUUUAUAAAAUGUGAUUCAUUAUUUAAUAUGGGAUAAAGGCCAGUUGUUUUUUCUAACAAAUGCAAUAGAUAAAAAGGAACCGGAUGGAUUAAAGCAGGACAUAAUAUAAUUUAUUUUCGAAAUAAAUUUAAGCGAGAAAAUAGCACUCUUAAAACUUAUUAUACACUUUCUUUUAGUUAUAAAUUUGAAUAUUCCAAUGAUAAAGUUUUUUUUGCAUAAUGUUACCCUUAUACUUACUCAUAAUUAAAUAAUUUUAUAGAAAGAUCGAUUCGACCAAAUAAAUUUGCCGAAGUAAAAGAAUUAUGUAAGACAAUCUCAAAAUUAUCUUGCCCCUUAAUUAUUAUUGGUAAUGGUAAAAAAGCCAUAUUAUUGAUGGCAAGAUAGCAUCCAGGAGAAACUCCAGGCUCAUUUACAAUAGAAGGAGCGAUUGAAUUUUUAAUCAGCAGUUGCAUGGAAGCAGAAGUUUUAAGAAGUCACUUCACAUUUUAUAUAAUUCCUAUGAUAAAUCCAGACGGGGUUAUUUUUGGAAACUAUCGUUGCAAUCUUUACGGGGCUGAUCUCAAUAGGAUUUGGAUUUGCCCUCAUAAAGAAUUGCACGAUUCCGUUUGGCACGUAAGAGAAUUAAUUAGAUAAAUAAAUUAAAUAACUGAAUUGAAUUUAAUAAUUGACUUUCAUGGACAUUCAAAAAAGUAAAUUUUUUCUUGGCAUUUUAGAUUCAAUAGUUUUUAUUAUGCUAAUAGUUUAUGUGAUGAAUAAAAAUUGCUACCAUUGAUAAGUUGUAAUCUGUCUAAAAUGAUGAAUUUACGAGAUUGCUCUUUCAGUGUACAUGAAAGUAAAAAGAAGACUGCUAGAGUAGCAUUACAAUCAGAAGUCAAAAAUGGUUUUACCUACACAUUAGAAAUCUCAUUUCAUGCUUUUCGAUAAUAAGCAUUCUAAGAUUUUACUGAAAGCUCUUAUAAGUAAUUGGGUGAAGAUGUUUCAUUAUCAAUAUUUAAGUUAUUUGAAUCUUAAAUGGUAAAAUCCAGUAAAUUACCAAGAACCUUAACUUUAUAAUAGAAUGAUGAAUUAGAUAAAUUAAUAAAAGAAUGUGAUCUAAGCUAACUUUAGAUAGGCGAAGAUGAUUCAGGUAGUGAUUCAAAUCCUGAAGAGGAUGCACUUUAAGAAUAAGAACUUCAAUCAUUUUUUAAUUCUUAGAAACAAAAUAAAAUAAUAAUAUAGACUAAAAAAAAGCUUAAUAGAAUUGAAAAGGCGUCAUAAACUGAUAUACAGCAUUAUUAAAAUCUUAUGUUGGAUGAAAAAGUAUUAUAAAAGAUUGAAGAAUAAGUUAAAUCUAUUAGAAAACCCAACACAGAAACACUUGGAUUCUAAAGUAUUCAAGAAAUUGUUUCUAAUUAUCAAGAUGUUCCAUUAUAAGAAGGUUUUACAAACUCAUUUUAGCAAACUGACAUCUCCUUAUAGCAAAUUUUAGGCAAGAUGCAAGUUUAUCAUGUUAGAGUUUCUAAUAAAAAUUCCAUGUUUUAAAAUUAAAUUGCUACUCAAUCUAGCAAACCAGUUGUGAUAGUUCUCAAAAAUCCAUAUUCUAAACAAUAAAUGUCAUAACAAUAAUAGUUAAUGCCACAACACUAAGAUGCUUCUAUCAAAAAUAGAAGGAGAAUCACUUCUAUAACAGGAAGAUCUUCGAUAGAAUAUAAAAGACUAUCCCAUGAUAGAAAAUUCAGCAUCCAACAAUAUAAUCAAGACAGGAAUCAUGCUCUAAGCUUCACUUAAUAACAAGUUACACCUUAAAAUUUGUUAACCUAGGACGCUACUUUUGAGAAAAUUGCAAAUAUUAGUAAACUGAAAUUUUAUGAUAAAUAAAUGCUUAAAAAUUUGUUUUGA